GAAGACGUUUGCUUUUUCCGCAGACGAAAAUAUUUCGUCCUCUGUGUAACACCUUCGGCAGUUAUGGAGCAAAUGGAGCUUCCAAAUAAUAACUAAGGGCGUCCAGUUCAUAGAAUAUAUCUCCUUUGGAGGGAGAUUAGAUUAGUUAGCACUCAAAAUGAUGCUCAAGAUGAUUAUUUUAGUUUCCUUAGUAUACUUUGCAUCUUCCUUGAAGACCUAUUCCCAAAAUGACGAGGAUGAUGAUAGAACAUGGACGAAAGACGCUUAUGAUCAAACUAUUCUCAAUACAUACGAAGAUGUCAUUGGACCUGGGGUUUCUGACACGGACGAAUUCCAGGAAGAAUCCGAGAAAAGUUCUAAGAAACGAGUCUGCACAACAAAAGCGUGUCAAGACCUGUCGAAUAUCAUAAGCAAGAACAUGAAUCCUUCUGUUGACCCGUGUAAAGAUUUGUUUGAGUACAGCUGUGGAGGAAUGCCCACGUCACACAGUACUUUCUCAAACGUCGCGGGAAGAGUGAUGCUAGCUAUGAAAGCUAUCGUAGAUGGACUGAAUGCUGAGCCUCCAGAUAAAGACAGCGUGGAUGGUAAACUCGUGACAUGGUAUAACACGUGCAUGGAUAAAAACCAGCGGGAGAAACUAGGCUCUACUCCGCUCAAGAAAUUGAUCGACAGCUUAGGGCCCUGGCCUUCUCUCACCGACGAUUGGGAUGAGGAGUCGUGGGAUCUGGAGAAGGCUGUAGCGGCAAUGCAUCGUAAUGGAACUAUUGACGCACUCUUUUCCGCGGGACUCUCGAACAACGCGCACAACGUUAGCUCGCCUUUGCAGCCAGGGUUGUUUAAAGCCAAGCUUGGCCUCGAAGAUGUCGAUUUUUACGUCUCCAACUCACCAUACCAGCGAAGGGUUCUCGCCGCUUACUUCUUUCUCCUUUACGAUCUGGCUACACUGCUGGGGGCCAAGCCUGGUAGGAGGCUAGCGAAGGACACAUUUGAUGUCAUCAACAUCGAAUUCAACUUGGCAAUGGCCAUGAAGAUGCAAAAAAUUAUCUAUGUUUCUUAUCCUUAUACUACACUCGGACAGCUUAACGUGGACUCGAAAGGAGUGUUUGACUGGAAGAAGUACCAUAAUUUGCUGUAUGGAGGGGUUCUUAAAAAACCUUUCACAGAUGACGACAUGGUGUACCUGGAGAACCCCAAGUAUAUAGAGUCGGUCCUCAAGGUCAUCUGCCACUACCCUAAACGAGCCAUGGCCAACUACCUGAUGUCACAAGUAGUGAGACAGUUCGCUACCGCCCUCUCUUCUCCAUUCAUGAACGCUUACCGGAGCUUCUGGACCGAGGUGUACGGGUUAACAAAGUUUAGCCCUCCCUGGCUUGGGUGUGUCCGGUCCACCAACAAGCAUCUCGGAAGUGCCCUAGGACUACACUUUGUGAGGAGAAAGUUUAAAGACGAUGCACUAAAACAGGCGGAGAAUCUAAUCCACGACUUGACCCAGGCAUACCUGAAACACUUCAAGGACGACGUGACAUGGAUGGAUAGCAAAACGCGUGAAGCGGCAAUGAAGAAGGUGCUUGGCAUGGUCGAGAAGGUUGGCUACUCAAAGAAGAUAAAGGACAAGAAAUUCCUCGCAAAGGAGUAUAAAGACAUGGAAGUCAACCCUCUAACAUACUUCGACAACAUAGUGAAGGAUUACCAAGCUGCCGUACUCUAUGUUUUGCAUUCGCUUGGCUCCGUGCCAACGCGCUCUGGUUUUGACAUGGAUAUUACGACACAAAACGCCCAAUAUUCACCCAAGCAAAACACGAUUGAGGUCGCUGCAGGCCUGUUUCAACCACCGCUAUUCCACAAGGACUACCCUCGCGCUGUGACGUAUGGCGGCAUUGGAAUGGCAGCAGGGCAUGAGAUGACCCACGGAUUCGAUACCAGUGGUGCAUUGUUUGAUGAGAAAGGGAAUGCAAGAUCGUGGUGGACCCCGUCCACAUUUAAGAAAUAUCUUAGCAAGACAAUGUGUUUCGUCCGAGAGUACAGUAACUUCACGGUCUUAAACGGCGUGUAUCACUUACGAGGUAGACAGACGUUGAACGAAAACAUUGCAGAUAAUGGAGGUCUACGAAUAGCUUAUUUGGCGUAUGAAAACUGGAUAAAGGAGAAUGGAAACGAUUUUGCUCUUCCGGGAAAACUAAGUAGUUUGACAUCAAAGCAGCUCUUCUUUAUUUCGUUUAGCCAGCUGUGGUGCUCUAAGAUGCCAAAGAGCUUUACCUUAAACAGGGUUGUAUCCGACGUACACACAAUCAAUAAAUAUAGGGUUAUUGGUACUGCAAGGAAUAUGAAGGAGUUUGGGGAGGCUUUUAAUUGCCCUUUAGGCUCCCCAAUGAACCCGAAAACGAAGUGCAUUGAAAUAUGAAUGUAGAUUUUGAUUAUACAUUAAUAAUACACUUAUUCAUGUAAAGUAACUGGGAGAAUAUGUACGGGAAAUUUGUACUAAAAUUGGGAUAAAUAUUUUUAUGGACUAAUUCUAAAAUCUUGUAUUUUGGUUGGGCAGGGCCGUAGCAGGGGGUGGGGCACUGGGGGCAUGUGCCCCCCCCCCCCCAAUAUUUAAAAAAAUACAAGGAAAUGACCAGUAGGGGCGUGGCUGUGCCCCCUCCCAAUAUUUUAUUAAUGUUUUUGUGUAGUGCCCCCCCCCCCCAAUCGUACGUGGCCUGCUACGGCUCUGUUGGGUGAAUAGGAGGCAGACAGGAUACGGUAUAUGGUUUUUGAGGUGUGAGGUAUAAAGUGAGGUAUAUGUUCAGUAUUUCGGGGACCAUUACCGACUUAAAAAGAGUUACCGCUGUAUUUUGUAUAAUUUAUUCGGUCCACAUGGC